CCUUGUGGAGAAGCUAUGUUCUCAAUCCCUUAGAGAAAGAGAGCAAGCAAGAAAGAUCCUCCCUCCCAGAGGCUAUCCUUUCUCAAAUCCUAGCUCUACUUGUGCCUUAUGAAGCAAAAGCCAGACACGAUCAGAUCAGAGAUUAGAGCUAUGACACAAGUAGACACUGUCGAUGGUGGAUUUAAAAAAAUAAAAAUAAAAACCCUGACUGGAGUCAACUAGUCUUGCCAGUGAGUAAGUACGGGAGCGAAAGAGAAAGGGGAACAGCUAUGAGAAGGAGUGGGAGGAAGAAAGCACCAGAAAGGGAGUGAGUGCAAUGCGCGAGAGGAAGUGAGAGAGGGAGAGACUGAGCGGGAAUGGGGAGGGGGAGAGCAAGCGAUGGAGAGACAGGAAACAUGCAACAGCCACUGAGCCUGGACGGCAGGAAGAGUGGAGGAAGCAGCGGAAUACAGAGGCUCUUGGCCAGAAGCAGGAGCAAUGGAAUAUGAGCAAAGGCAGCAUGUGUUUGUUCAGAAGGAGGGAGGGAGGCUGUCAACGGUCCAGCAGCAGAGAACAACAUGGGGAUAAUAUCAGAAGCAGGCACUGACGAGAAACGGAGGGAGAGGGUGGGGGUGUGAGCCAAGGAACAUGCUGACGAAAAAGUUUUAGGCUUCAGGAGGGAUAGAACUUGCAUGACAAUGCCAUCUAGCCAGGAGUGGUGGGAGACGAUGCAUGGGGAAAGGACAAAUCUGUUCCGGCGUCUCAAUAUGAAUUCGGUGUCCUCCCUUCGCUAUGUUUACUGAUACCAGAAGACUUGGGAAACAUACUAUCCCAUGUCCCGUCUGGCUCCUACAGAAAAAGACCAAGAUGGGACACUCAGCAAAGACUGGGAAGGGAUCUUUGUUUAGUUUUGAGCCUAAGGAAUACAACAAGAUGGGUACUUAUGGAUCUAAGCAGACCAUCCAUAAUGGAUACAGUCGCCAUUCCAGACUAUCACUUACCACUUUGAAGUGGCAUUCAAAGAUCUUUAGGACUGGUGAGAGCUGUCAAAAUGAGUCAAGCAGUAUGAGAUGGCGUAAGUGUCAGGGGCAGGGAUUACAACACAACAGCGCCUCUGUGAGGGACCGCUCAAGAGAAUGCAGCUUUGUGGAAAACCUUCACCAAACCCAGACACCCCUCCCUUUGAGGAAAUGUGCUCUGGAUUUACCGACGCAGUUCAUAGGUCAAAGAAACUGUGGAGUGCCUGUUUGCGUGGUGGCACAACAAUCCAGCUCUGUCAGAGAGUCGCAGCCGCCUGGGCAAACUGAAGCAAACGAAUAUACCUUUAACAAACGUCAGACACCUAAAACCAGCUGCAGGAGCAAUCUAGAACACUAUAGUGUGGACAACGCAAGACAGAAUUUUCCUAACUCAAUGGGACAUGUAGCAGAAGACAGUGAUGGGUCCAGGUCCAUGCAUGAAGUUUUCUUCUCUACAGAAGUUCCCCAAAACAUCACCAUCAACCACAAUGAGAGCUCUCAUAAAGGGAAUUUGCAAAAUAUGUCAAACAAGGGGGGGCAGUCCAUGAGUGGAGAAGCUUAUGUCUUCAAAUCAAAGAAAACUCAGAGGGUUCUCCAAGACCAGAUCCGUAAAGUGGUUGUCAACCUUGAGGAAGUUCUCUGUGGCUUAAAGGAAGUGCAUUUGGAAAUGAAGGAGGUGGUCCAGCAGAUUGACCAGCUGACCUCCAGCAUUGACCUAAGAGAGGAUGUCAGCGGAGAAGCUUCUGGGCAUUGCAGCCCUAUUGAGAGUGUUUCUACAUCAGAGGAAGCAAAGCAUGUAGACACCAGCAUCCACAAUUCUGGGUACUCAAAAGACCCAGGACUUAUGUCAACACUACCAGGGGGCACGGGAAGACUUGAAGCAUGUAAUAAAGACCAGACACCAGGUGAAUGCCCCCCUAGUGUUGUGCCACCAGCAUACACAACUGCACUUUUAUCUAUAAACAAUUCAGGACUGAAAUUUAAUCACGGAACAACAGUGUCCCAAAUUAAGGGGCCUAAAACAGAGGCCAGUGCGCUGUCUAGAAGCCAGAAGCCUCCUCCUUACCCCCUUAACAACAGAACCUUGAGGGCAAAUAAAGGGAAAACGCCCCCAUAUGCAGGCAGACGAAGACUGCUGUCCACUACUGUGUAAUGGGGCAGUUGCUCGAAGGCAGCUAGGGGAAGAUUACAGUUUGACGAAGCCAGUAUCCAAGGAGACCGGCGGCAUUAAGCACAGGCAGAUGACGGAAAUGCUUGUUUUUUUUAAAGUGGAGGAAUCCAAAAACAGUAGGAAAAUAGGGACAUCAUUCAUCUCUUCUUCUGGCUGAAUCUCUGCUGUUCAGUGAUGUCGGGAAACAGUUUAGUAACAGAUUCCGGGACAAGAGCCACAUCCAUCCAUUUGUUCCCCUUUUUCUAAGCGCAAGUGUCUGAAGUUAACCAAUCAGAGCUCAUCAUGACGAGUCCUACCAAUGAUGGUGAGUUUGGAGAGUUCAGCCCGGAAUUUUCCUUCUUUGUGUGUCACUAAAGAAAACAAUAAUGAAAAUAAAUAAAUAAAUAAAAACAUAAGCAACCUCAGCAGGCAACGGUAUCUCAACUGUCAUGGUUCUGCACUAGUGAACAAAAGUUUGAGUUCAAAUCCCAGGACUACCAUUGAGCCAUUGUUGGGUGCCUGAGUGAGACGCUUUAAAUAGCACUUCUAUAUGACUGGAUUGAAUUCCGUUUCACUUGUGUAAUUACAAUUUGUAUUAAAAUGUGUCUGCUGAAUGAAUAAAUGUAAAUGCGAAUCUCA